GCAGGCCGGACCGAGCGGGCCCAGUCGUGUUCGUGUCGCCCCCGCUCGCGGGACAGAGGAUCGCUCGGUGUCCGCUCCCCAGUGCUGCAAUCAUGGCCGGCAACCGUCUACAGGUGUUCGGAGGCCCCCGUGACGAGUGACUGGUCAGAGCACGGUACUGCGCGGAGCACCAUGGACCGGGACCGCUGGGGUCACGAUCAGCCGGAGCCGGCCGGCGCCGGCAGCGACGACAGUGACAGCGAGUAUGAGGAGAUUACGACCACCACCCGCACCGUCAAGAAGACCACCUACAACCCCAAGCCGCUGGUGGAGGCGCUGCGCUCCAAGGAGAUGGGGGCCAACAAGAAGCUGUUUGGCAAGGACCUCAGCGAGUAUGACAACAUGGACAUGGACGACAUGUUGGACCAGCUGACCGCAGAGGAGAUAGAGCUGCUCACCAGGGACGUGGAUCCCGACGGCCGCCACCACGGCGGUCUCCCGGACCUCCUCCGGUUCCGGGUGGAUGGUGUAGCACGUCCUUGA